AUGAAAUUAGCAAUAUCCAUUGCGGUGGCGGUCCUCGCCGCCGCGAUGCUGAUCCAAACCUCGGACGCGCGCGGGCGGCGGAAGGACGAUCAGCUGAUCGAGACGACGUGCACCAACACCCCCGACUACGCCCUCUGCAUCAAGGUCAUCCGCGCCGACCCCAACUGCACCACCGCCCCGCUGCAGGACCUCGCCCUCAUCACCGUCGCCGAGAUCAAGCGCAAGACCGAGGCCAUCAUCGUCCAGAUCGAGAAGCUCCAGAAGUCCGGGGAGGAGAAGAUGCAGCCGGCGCUCACCAAGUGCCGCUCCUACUACAACGCCGUCAUGGUCGGCAACAUCCCCGUCGCCGAGCAGACCACCUGGGGCAACCCCAAGUUCGCCGAGAACGCCAUGGCGGAUACCAAGAACGAGGCCGUCAUGUGCGAGAAGGCGUUUGGGAAGAUCCCGACGCCGUCGCCGUUCACGGCGGAGAACCAGUACAUCGCUGACGUGGCGGCGGUGGCCAGGGGCAUUAUUAGGAAUUUACUUUGA